AUGCUGCAGCGCUGUCUGACGCCGCAUGGCCUGCGGGUGACCUGGUGCCGGCUGCGCAGCGUCCGCCCGCGGCCGGCCGGCCGCCGCCUGCACGCGACGGCCGGUCUGCGGCGCGACCAGCCGGCGAGCUCGCAGCUGGUGCCGCGCACCAUCUUCGCUGAUGCUAAGGAGAAGAACAAGGAGACCUAUCUGGCGGCCAUGGACAUGUUCCACGAGAUGACGGUACACAAGAGGGGACACGUCGAGUUCAUCUACGCCGCGCUCAAGGAGAUGGAGAACUUCGGUGUCCACAAGGACCUAGAAGCCUAUAAGAAGGUGCUGGGUGUGUUCCCGACCGCCCAGCUGGUCUCCACCAAUGUGUUUCAGGUGGAGUUCAUGCACUACCCGCGCCAGCAGAACUGCGCCAUCGACGUCCUCCAGCAGAUCGAGGACAAUGGCGUGAUGCCCGACUUGGAGCUGCGCGACCAGCUGAUCAACAUCUUCGGCAAGUUCUCGUUCCCGGUGCGCAAGCUGGCGCGCAUGCUGUACUGGAUGCCGAAAUUCCGCAACCAGUCGCCGUGGCUGCUGCCGCGCCCACUGCCGAGCGAGGUGCUGGCGCUGGCGCAGCUGGCGGUGGCGCAGAUCUGCUCGGUGGACGCCCGCUCCGAGGUCACGACCUUCGCGGAGGACGAACUGCCGGAGGACGCCGUGGACCGCACCUGGGUGGUGUCUGGGCAGAGCCAGCAGCAGCGCGCGCUGCUGGAGGAGCAUCCGACCGACCAGCCGCUGUACGUGGAGGGCGGCUUCCGUGUUUGGCUGCAGGACCAGUCCAUCAGCUACUUCGUGCUGCGCGCCGAGCCCCAGGAGCAGCAGAAACACGAGGGGCUGGACUCGGACGACAUCACCUACCUGGAGAACUGGACGUGGCGCCGCAGCAGCCGGACCGACCGGGAGUCGGCCUGGGACGAGAGGCCGCCCAGCGUGCACAAGCAGGAGGACGGCACCAUCAUGGCCGUCUGCGUCACGGGCACCUCGAGCCGCGACUCGCUUCUCUCGUGGAUUCGGCUGCUGCAGCGGCGCACCCCGCGGCUCGCCGAGCUGCCCGUCCUCUUCACGCUGCGCUCGCCGGUCACAGAUGUCGCCACCGUCUCCGAACCCGACGCUGGUGACGUCACACCCGACCCGCGGUGACGUCACACCCGCGUAGCGGUCCUGUAUUACCGGCGGCAGCGGGUGGCCCGUUUUCGAGCCGCUUUUCGAAGUUUGCUCACCAGUGACGAAGUCAAAUGUGGGCGACCUGGACGAGGACGGGUGAGAGUGACGUCACGCAAAAGUCAUGACGUCACGCCAGGGCUGCCUCCCAUGAUGAUUGCAGUGCUCUAGGCUUCGAUAACGGCCACCGGACAAGACAGUCGUGGAAGGAUCACCCACGCAGAAGGGUUACAGCCGCCAGUCUCUUGUCUGCGAUGUGUCUAGUGAUCGUGCCGUACCCAGCACGGCGCCGCGGCAUCUGGCGUGUAUCAAAUGCAACGGAAAGGCGACGGGCGGUCGGAAUGCUGCGCUCAGCAGCCGCGGGGACGUCACUGUGGUGUUCGUCAGUGAUGGCGCCGCGCCCUUCAGUGGUAUGCGCAAGACGUCCGAGCCGAUGACAGCGCGCUUUUGAGGCCGGGCCCCGUGGCGGCCGGCCGUCCGCCGUGGUCGCGGCGCGGCACGCGGUCGUCCGACCAUGCGCCGUGACCUGCGCUCUGCCGAGCAUGAUUGCACGCGCUUUGUUCGGUGGGGCACCGCGCUGUGGGUGGCGCUCAGAUGACCGCGCGCUGCGCCAGUGACUGCGUGCGGACGGUGACUGUCUGCUGUGGGGUGGAUUGGCCCAGCGCUUGCGAAAUGAGCGCGAGCUCAUAAACGCGUGGGGCAGGGCCGCUGGGUGCGUGCUGACGGGGCUGAGCUGUUCUGGCCGUGCAGGUAGUGUUUGAAUACAAACGCUGUCCGAUCGCAGCCGACCCAGUCAGUGACUCGGGCGAGAGGGCGACACAACUACCAGGAGCGUCUUUAACAUUCAGCUGUCUGUUACAUAAUGAAGCAGGAGAAGCGGAUCUGUGUGAGAAAAGAUAAGCGAGAUUUUGUGGUUUUGGAGUGCUAUAACGAGUGGCAUGUGCGGGUGUAUUUGACACAGAUUCACAGUCGCUUUUGAUUUGGAACCGUUGACUUUGAUGUGACUGUUGAAGCAUGAGAUAUUGCCGGGCGUGCCAAUAAGAGUCGGA